AAUGAUGCGAUGCCAUGGCCAUGGUUACUCUUCUUCGCGGUUUUUAUGUGCCUUGCAUUGUCGUUCCUCUGCAUGCUAUUUUCAUUCUUAGUUAAUGUUUUCUAAACUUCAAACACAUAGGGUUUUUCCAUUUGGUUAAAGUUGAUAUUGAUAAUUGAUAAAUCACUGUCCACCAUGAGCUCGCUAAACAUACUCGUAGUAUAACCAAAGACUUUUUAUAUAUAGUUUUUUUUUGUCACAUUUUGCAGUUCGAGGUGGAACAUUCUGUGGUAAUUUAUUUAUUGAGGUUUAUUUGAACACUAGGGGGUAACUGAACGGACUCGUAGUAUAUACCAAAAGUUGCUUUUGAUCACUGUAAUGUUUGGGUUAUUAUUGUUUAAAGACAUAGUAGGGUUUUGGUUUGUGAUUGUUCUGUUUAGCGUGAAUGGUAAGAAAAUUUGUAUGGUAAACUAUUAUCCAACUUUAUUUUUCUUACUGAUAAGCUGUUUUCAUGAUCUUACCAAAAUGAAGAAAAUGAUUUUCUGUAAGGUCUCGUGUCGUUGAUUGUUCAAGCGGAUGGUACUUUAUCUUUAAAGUAAUGAAGUUAGAAGAACAUGCUUUGAGUGUCGAAAUUAUUUUUUGGAAGGUUAUACCCUCUACAAUCUACAUUAAGCUUUUCCGAUUCCUCCGUUUUUAUGUUUCAGGUAGUUCGUGAUCAAGCAUAUAUAAUAUAAUGACAGUUACUUCUUUAGUGAAUCAGACGGUUGUUUGUGACAUGAAUGCCGAGACUCUUGCUAUGAACAAAGAUGGAGGGGAUGUCCGUUCUAGGUGCAACAAGGGAUUGGCUAAAGCACAUAAACAUAAGACACUAGCAAAUCUUCAUAUGAAAGAUAAAAAAGGCAGCAAGGAAGUUGUGUGUUCCAAUUGCGUGCGUGGUGGAGCAAUUUUAUGUUGCUGUGGAAAAGGAUGUCAAAGGAGGUACCAUCCCUCUUGUGUGAAUCUUCCUUUCAAUUACAUUCCUUUGGGGUUUUGGCAUUGUAUCCGGUGCAUUAAGAAAAAGAUUGAGCUUGGUGUGCAUUCUGUUUCUGAAGGAGUGUCAACCAUCUUGGAUUUUACAGAAGAGGGCUCAAACAAUAAUGUGAUGCAAAGGAAGUACCUUGUCAAGUAUCAUGGCCUCGCUCAUGCUCACAACCUCUGGAUUCUAGAAUCAGAAUUGCUUCUUGAGGCUCCUAAGCUCUUGGCCAAAUUUAAGAGGAAACUGCAGAUUCCAAAUUUCCAGGUUAGGUGGAAAAAAGAUUGGAAAAUACCUCACCGCUUGCUGCUAAAAAGGGAAAUUGUAUUAUCAAAACAAAAUGAUCAACAUUUUGAUGGGCAUGGUGACAAUGGUUCAAUUUGCCGAUAUGAGUGGCUUGUCAAAUGGACUGGUCUUGGUUAUGAUAAUGUUACAUGGGAGCUAGAUGAUGCUUCAUUCUUGACAUCACCUGAAGGCAUGAAACUCAUAUAUGAUUAUGAAAGUUGUCGCCAGAGAGCAGAUAGACUGCCAAAAAAUCAUUUUGAAGCUAACAAGGAGAGAAAAGCUUCCUUUGCUGAAUUAUCAGAGUUGCCAUAUGGAGAAUCACCAGGAUUUUAUAACCAGCAUUUGAGUUAUGUGAACAAGCUUCGCAUGUGUUGGCAUGAAGGUCAGAGUGCUGUUAUUGCAGAUGAUCAAAUUGACCAGGAGCGGGUUAUGAAGGUGAUUUUGUUUAUAUUAUCUUUGAAUUGUAAUGUGAAGAGGCCUUUUCUCAUCAUCUCAACUUCUACUGCCCUCUCUGUAUGGGAAACAGAGUUCUUAAAUUUGGCACCAUCUACCAAUAUGGUUGUUUACAAGGGAAACAGAGGUGUACGGAGUGGCAUCAGGGCAUUAGAGUUUUUGAAUGAAUAUGAUGACAUCUUAUUUCAAAUAUUAUUAUCAUCUUCUGAUGUUAUUGUUGAGGACUUACAUGCAUUAAGAUGCAUUCCAUGGGAAGCAAUAAUAAUUGAUGAAUGCCAGCGAUCCAGAAUUUUAGGACACUUGGGCAAUAUCAAUAUUCUAAAAGCUGAAAUGAGGCUCCUUCUUGUUAGUGGGCAAAUCAAGGAAGAUCGAGCUGAUUAUAUCAAACUACUUUCGUUCCUCCAUGGGUCAAAUAUUGCUCAAAUGGAAGCUUAUAUUUCUGGUAGCAUUUCCACUUUGAAGAGCCAACUGGAAAAAUAUGUUGUAUUUAAGUGCAAGUCAGACUCCACUAAGUUUGUAGAGUAUUGGGUUCCUGCCUGCCUUUCCAGUUUGCAGCUUGAGCAGUAUUGUUCAAUGCUACUUUCAAACUUAAUGUUGUUAUGCUCAGGCCAAAAGUCUGACUCCGUUGAUGCCCUCCAUAACCUUAUUAUCUCAACAAGGAAGUGCUGUGACCAUCCUUAUCUCCUGGAUCCAACACUGCAUAGUUUUGUUACUAAAGGUCUACCUGUUGAAAAGCAUUUAAAUAUUGAUAUAAAAGCAAGUGGAAAACUGCAACUUCUGGAAAAAAUCCUUUUGGAGGCAAGAAGUCGUCAGUUAAGGGUGUUAAUAUUAUUUCAGUCAACUUGUGGUUCUGGAUCAAUUGGAGAUAUUUUGGAUGAUGUUCUCUGUCAGAGAUUUGGUAAAGAUUGCUAUGUACGAUAUGAUAGAAGUUAUGCCCCCAAAACAAAGCAAGCUGCUUUAGACACAUUUAAUGACAAAGAAAUUGGAAAAUUUGUCUUCUUGAUGGAAAAUCGUGCUUGUCUCUCUAGCGUUAAGCUUUCUUCCGUGGAUACAGUUAUAUUGUUUGACAGUGAUUUGGACCCACAAAAUGAUCUAAGAGGCUUACAAAGGAUGUCUAUUAGCUCACAGUUCAAACAGUUUUCAGUUUUCAGAUUGUACUCAUAUUUCACUGUUGAAGAAAAGGUUUUAAUGCUUGCAAAAGAGGGUAUAGCUCUUGACAGCAAUGUACGGUUGAUGAGCCUGAAUACUUGUCACACCCUGCUAAAUUGGGGUAACUCCUAUCUGUUCAAUAAGCUUGAUGAGUUACAUGCCAGUGUCACGUCAGUUUCUACUCCAGACAUUGCUGAUCUGUCACUUCUAAGUGAUGUAUUUUGUGAAUUAUCAUCCCAAUUGGUUUGUGGUGCUGAUGAUACUGAUUGUCAUGGAUUGUCAUUCAUAACAAUAAUACAGCAGAAUGAAGGGGAAUAUGCGAGGAACAGUUUAUUGCUAGGAGAAAGAAUAAUGAAGAAAUUGGGCAGUAAGCCAUCUGCUUUUUCCUGGAGUGAUCUUGAAGGAAGGCAUCCUCCAUGGAAAUUUUUGUCUGUUUCAUCUCAGAGGAUCAGGAAAACAGUAAGACAGUUUGAUCACAUACUAACAGAAUCUGAAUUUGAAAAUGAUACCUUUAUAGGAAAGAGGACAACAUCAAAGGAUAAUGUUGAUCCCAAGAGGAGAAAAGUGUCCAAGGAUAAUGUUGAUCCUAUGUGGAGGAGAUUGACCAAGGAUAAAGUUGACCCCAUGAGGAGGAAAGUGUCCAAGGAUUUUGUUGAAACAAAUGGGAGGAAAGUGUUAAAUCAUGCCAUUGAUCCUAAGACCUGGGAGGUGUCUGCUGAUAUUGUUGAUUCAAAGGGCAGGAAAGUGUCCAAGAAUAUUGCUGAUGCCAAAUGUCAGAAAACAAGGUUAAAGAGCAAGAAGAAUCCCAGUGUUGUCAUUAGAGCAAGUAAAUCAAAUGGUAAUUCAAAAGGCUUGUCUAAUGCACUUGAUUCCACAGUGCAUCCUUUGACCAAUGAGACAGCACAAGCAACUGCAACAAGCAUGCAAUUUACAGAGAAAAAGAAACUGCUUGACAUACCAAAUAGCAUCAAUUGCUUGCCAAAGCCUAAUAUAUCAGGACUUUGUGACAUUCUACAUUUUUCGAAAAAUGUCAAGGCUGUGGCGGAGAGGAUUGUUGAGCACAUAUUCAAACAUUACAAUGUUAAUUGCCAAGAAGUUUCUACUGUACAGGCUUUUGAAAUAUCUGUGUGUUGGCUAGCAGCUUCUUUGUUGAAACACAAGAUUGAUAGGAAGGAUUCACUCGCCCUUGCAAAACUGUACUUGAAUUUCAAUUGUAAGGAAGAGGAAGCCACAGAUGUUUACUCAGAACUGUGGAAGCACGUGAAGGAAUUUUCAAAUUAUUUACAAAAUGGAAUUUGUGUUGAGAAAUGUGAUGUAAAUGGUGCUUCAGAUUCCAACAAACCUGAGCUGAAUGAUUUGGCAGAGAAGCAGAAGGAUUUUCUGGGUACUUGUGCUUCAAAACUUGUGAAAUCUGUCACAAACGAACAUGAUCUUCAAAUGAAAACUCCCCCAACAGGGGUUUCCCAAGACCAGACUAAUGAAGUUUGUUUAUCUCCAAAGACACCCAGUAGUUUUCCUGUGGAAGCAGAUGCUAUCUCCAUGGAAUCUUGCUCAGAAGAUGAUGGAAUGAAUUCUAUGACCUUAAUAAGAGCAGAAUAUUCAUCCAUUGAGCACUGGAGUAAUGAUGUCAACCCUGUUACAGGUUCUUUGGAAAUAAAGAGUCCUGUUAGAAGUACAGAUAUUACACAAUCUGAUGGCAUAGUUUCUGAAGAUCCUCAUUUUUUAGUGAAUGAAGAUGUUGCUACUGACAAUGCUAUGAAUACGUUUACUCAUCCUGUGCAGCUUGACAGUGUUGAGAUAGAUGCUGUAACUUGCGUUAGUGCUGCUGUUCCCGAGGGCAGACAAUCAUACAGUGUAAUGGGUCCUGUAAGUGGUGAGUCAACUGCUCAGAUGGCAAUGUCUGCUAUUCCAUCUUCUCCGGAGCACAAUGCAGUCAGUACAGACAGGCCUUUAGAUGAUAUUUUUUAUCUUAGUAGUGAGGAUAAUUGCUACAUUCAUGAGGCUGAAGUCAUAUUGGAAGAACCAGUUAACUCUUUCUUUGUUUCACCAGUGAUACUGCAACCCUUCAAUGGUGUGCUCAUGAAUGAAAAUACGACACAUGUACCUGGCAGAAUUAAUAUUCCUGGAUAUAUGAACAGUGACAAUUCUCAAGCUUACUCUGUCACUCCUGAAAUGUCCCACCUUGCCUACCCAGACCCACUACCGGGUGAAAUGGAGAGAACAGAAAACGGGAAUGAAGAAGCCUUCACAGACCCGCUGCUAAUUGAAAUGGAGAGAAUAGAAAAGGUGAAUGAAGAAGCCUCCAAGAUACAUGAGCAAAAGUUAUUGCAGCUCCAAUCUGACUAUAAAAAGGAGUUUGAAAAGUUGAGUGAAAAGUACAAGAUUUUGCUUGAGAAUGUCAAUACUGAAGCAACACUAAAAGGAAUGGAACUUGAGAAACAAUGUAAAUUAGUUUUGAGGAAUAAGGUAUUAGCUGAAGUUUGGAUUCAUAGCGAAAGAGAUGUGGCACAAUGGACAGACCAAGUAGUCUUCCUCUCUGCAACGGCAAUGCCUGGUUCUCAUUUGACCGCACAAGAUAAAGUCAACCAUUCCAGAAAUCAACAGUGUUAGAGCAUGCUUUGAUCCUAUGAUUCAGUUAUGCAGCAAUCUUCUUGAUGGCUAUGAUUUGCUAGCCUCGUCUCCACCUAUAGACUCUUCAGCUGCCUCAUCUUAUUCAGUAUCUCUCAUUACAAAUUGAUGGAGUGCAAUAUCAUACCAACAAUUACCAAGCUUUUAAAUUCAAUUGCAAGUUAUAAGUGAUGCUUAGAAAUCCCGCUAAAACUUGCUGCCAGGAUGUACAAAUCAAUUUCCCUUUCCUUUCUUUGAUGACUUGAAUUUUUACAUCUUUAGCCACUGCAUCUGAUGUACUUUUAUACCAAAUUCUGAACCAAUGUAGUCAUCUGGUGAAGUGAGUGUAAAAUAGUUUGCCUUAUAGUGAAGUUUGUCAAAAUCUAAA